AUGUAUGCAGUUGAAACAGCACUUACUGUGCCUAUAUUAACUUCACUACGUGUACCCGAAUCAUUUUAUUCUAUGGCUUGGCUUAUAAGUCCAAUUCUAGGAUUUUUUCUUCAACCAAUUGUUGGUAUGUGGAGUGAUACAUGUAAAUGUCGAUGGGGUAGACGAAGACCAUUUAUUCUAGCAUUUGCUAUUGGUGCUUAUAUUGGUGUUGCAUUAUUACUUAAUAGUCAUGAUUUAGGUGUAGUUUUUGGUGAUUCACUGGACCCUACUACAACUCCAUAUAAAGCAAUUAUAUUAACUGGUAUUGGUGUGACUUUUCUUGAUUUUUGUGCGGAUAGUGCUGAUGCACCUGUACGUGCUUAUUUAAUUGAUACAACAAAUUCAAGAGAUCAAGAACGAGGAUUUAAUAUACAUGCUAUUCUUGGGGUUGGUGGAGGUUUAGGUUUUAUUGUUGGUGCUAUUAAUUGGCCAUAUAUUCCAAUGUUUUAUAAAAAUGAUAAAAAUGCUGGUGAAUUUAGUAUGGUUUUUUAUUUUGCUACUUUUUUAUUUAUUGUAUGUUCAAUAUCAACAUUAACAAGUGUUCGUGAAGAACCACUUAUAUCAUCAUCAGCAGUAGUAGCAUCAUCAUCGCGUGACCAUGGUGAUACAGAAAAUACAAAUGAUGAUGAACAACGAGAAAUAGAAAUAAAUGAAAAACGUCCAUUACUAACACUUCGUCCAAAUAAUUCACGAUCAUAUACUACAACAAAUAAACCUGAACGUUCAACAGCAAAUAUAUAUUUGAGUGGUUUAAAUAACCAAGAAGGAUUCAUUGAAAUUGAUCCAGCGACAGGUAGACAUAUACCACACGAUGAUGUUGAAGGAACAAAUGAGGAUAUUUUAUUACAAACAAUGGAACGUUCACAUCAACUUGUAGCUGCAUCAUUGGCGAGUGCCGAUUCUUCGAACUCUGGUCCAAUUCCGACUCAAGCAUUCGAAGCUGAACUUAAACAAAAAGCAAAAUUAGUCAAAUUAGGUCUUAUGCGACGUCCUGAAUCUGAAGAAACAGAUGAUUAUGAUGAAAAAGAUAGAGUAACAAUAAAAUCCAUGAUUAUUUCAAUGAUUCGAAUGCCUUCUCGAUUACGGAAAUUAAUGAUAUGUCAAGUAAUUGGUUGGAUUGCUUAUUUUGCUACACAUUUAUAUUUUACUGAUUUUAUUGCUACGAAAGUAUACAAUGGUACAUUGGAUGAAAGCAAUUCAGAUGCCUUUGCUCGUUAUAAAACAGGUGUUACAAUGGGUUGUUGGGGUCUAUUUUUAUAUUCAGCUAGUACUGCUAUUUAUGCUUUCUGUUUGGAACGAUGGUUAGCAGAAAAAUUUUCUUUAAAAACCCUUUAUUUUGUUGGUUAUUUGGCAUAUGCUAUUGGUUGUGUGAUAAAUUUUUUUGUUCCUCGUAUUGCUGUUAAUAUUAUUAUGUGUAUUACUUUUGGAAUGUUAGUUGUAUCAUUGAAUACUCUUCCUUAUCAUAUGCUUUCACAGUUUCAUGCAGAUGAAACAUAUAAAAAUAGAGAUGGUUCAAAACGUGGUAUUGGUGUUGAUUGUUCAUUAUUAAAUAGUUGUUAUUUUCUCGGUGAAUUAGUAGUAGCUGCUUCCUUGGGUCCAAUAUUACAACAUACAGGUGUAGAAUAUUGUAUGAUAGUAGGAACUGCAUUUGCAGUAUUGGGUAAUGUAUUUAUGUUUUUUUUGUUCUAUUUUAAAAAUUAA